AGGGCCCCUUAUCCCGGCCGCCCCGGUCCCUGCGCCGACUGGGCGCAUCUUUCCGGCCUCACCGCGGCGCCCACACUGUCUAGCGUCCCCGUCCCGGUCCCCAGUCCCUGCCCUGUCGCCGGAGCGGUCACUGCCCCGCCCGCCGUUCUUCCGCUGCCACCGCUGCUGGCACCAUGGGCAGUGAGCAGAGCUCCGAGGCCGAGAGCCGACCCAACGAUCUGAACUCCUCAGGGCUAUUGAGUGGCCAGACUUCCCCAACAAAUACCAAAUUGGAGAAACUGGAUUCUCAGCAGGUGUUGCAGCUGUGCCUCCGAUGUCAGGAUCAGCUGCACCAGUGUGCAGAAGCUGUUGCUUUUGAUCAGAAUGCUUUGGUUAAACGAAUCAAAGAGAUGGAUCUGUCUGUAGAAACCCUCUUUAGCUUCAUGCAGGAACGCCAGAAAAGAUAUGCGAAAUAUGCUGAGCAGCUCCAGAAAGUCAACGAAAUGUCUGCCAUCCUCCGCCGCAUACAGAUGGGCAUCGACCAGACGGUGCCGCUGAUGGAAAGGCUCAACAGAAUGCUGCCUAAGAGCGAGCGGCUAGAGCCCUUCAGCAUGAAGCCGGAGCGAGAGCUCAAGCUAUAGCACUGCUGGUUCCCACCUGCCAGGCUGCUUUUAGGAGGCAGAGAUGCCAGUAACCCAGAGGACAUUUGGAGCCCAAGUCCUGUGGUAUGACCAAGGCCUGAAGCUGGUACAAGGUCUGGGUCCUCACUGCAGUGGACACUGCAUGGACUGCCACUGCCAGCAUGGACUGUCUUUGCCCAUCUCCUUCCCUUGAUGCUAAUGCCCUGUGUGAAACGAACAGAACUGAUUCUUGGUGAUAACUGAAGUUGGAACAUUACUAGAAAUUGUUUUAAAUGCUGCAUGGAGAGUUAUUUUUUGUUUUCUUUUUUGUUUUUUUAUUGACAGUAUAUAUAUUCUAGUGUAGCUACUGGGGUGAAAACAUAGAAAAAAGGGAGAAAAAUUUUUUAAGAAGCUAUGUGUCUUCAAUGCCCUUGUGAAAUUUUACUCAGGCUCUGGGUUAUGGGUUAUAAACAUGAAAAAAAAUUAAAAAAAAAGAAGUGUUUUGUUUUGAUGGGAUGUGAUGGCAAUCACAUAAUACAUUGUAAGGUGAAAGAGCAGUUCAUGUGAAGUGCAGGAUGCUAGAAGGAAGAGGCUGCUCUUCAUUUAUUUUAUAUAGUAUAUGUUUAUGUUCCUGAGGUCUAAGAUUUUCAGUUCAAUUGAAAAAUAAGAAAAAACUGUUAAUAAAUUGUUCUUGUUGUUUUCCAGGAUGGCUGCACCCCACUUUUACUUGCCCUAAAGGAAAACAAACAUCAUAUGGCAGAAUUUUUAAUUAAGGCAAAAGCAAAUAUACAUGCGGUUGACAUGAGAGGAAGGUAUAGUAAUUUAUUCUUUAAAAACACUCACUCAGGCCAAACAUUAAAUUAAUGGGAAGGAGAAUAUUAAUUUAUACAUAUUGGAUUAGAGUGAAAAAUAUGAACACAAACCAUGUUUUAGGUAGAAAUAUUUGAUUUUGUUGUUCACAUAUGUUAUGGUUUGGAUAUGAGGUAUUCCCCAAAACUCACCUGUGAGACAAUGCAAGGAGGUUCAGAGUAGAAAUAAUUGGGUUGUGAGAGUCUUAACCCAAUGAGUGAAUUAUUCCCCUGACAGGGAUUAACUGAUUAAGGGAGUGGUAACUGAAGUGUGGUAGGGUGUGGCUGGAGGAGGUAGGAAUUGGGGGCAUGGCUUUAGGGUAUAUAUGUUUGUGUCUGGCAAGUGCAGACCUCUCUCUGCUUCCUGAUCACCAUGAUGUAAGCUGCUUCCCUCUGCCAUAAUCUCUUGCCAUGAUGCUCAGUCUCACCUUGAGCCCCUGGAAAUGGAGCUGUCUUCUAUGGACUA